UGCUAUGUAGCAUCCCCCAACAUUUCCCACCUGCCACCUUCUCCAAAACCCCACCGCCGCCGCUUCCGUUGCUGCCAAGGACGCCGAAACCCUACCGCCUCUCCUCCGGCCGCCCUCCCCUCCCCCAACCAGCAGCAGCCAUGGCGGGCAUCGGUGCGGAGACAGCGGUAGCCGCUGCCGGGAAGCCGGAGAGGAGGACGUUCCGCAAGUUCACCUACCGCGGCGUGGACCUCGAAGCUCUCCUCGACAUGUCCACCGACGACCUCGUCCAGCUCCUCCACGCCCGCGGCCGCAGAAAGUACAAGAGGGGGCUGAGCAGGAAGGCCUUGGCGCUCAUGGUGAAGCUGCGCAAGGCGAAAAGGGAGGCACCUGCUGGUGAGAAGCCAAAAGCUGUGAGGACUCAUCUGCGCAACAUAAUCAUCGUGCCAGAGAUGAUAGGCAGCAUAAUUUCAGUGUACAAUGGGAAAUUCGUCAUCCAGAUUGAGAUCAAGCCUGAGAUGAUCGGCCACUACCUCGGCGAGUUCUCCUUUACCUACAAGCCAGUCAAGCACGGAAGGCCCGGUAUCGGCGCCACCCACUCCUCAAGGUUCAUUCCUCUCAAGUGAAGGAUCCUGCGGCACCGCCCACGCCGAAGCUUUUCCUGGAUUUGUGAUCAUCUGUUUUGUCCGAGGUCGAAUUUCUAGUAUGUCUAAUGUAGUGGAAGAAGUAUGUGGUGAAAAUUCUAGUACGUAUGACUAUUGGAACUAUUGAGACAAAUUUAACGCAAAGUAUCUGUUAUUUUUGGCUGUAGCUGAUGCCCA